AUGGCUUUCCCCCUCCCGCGGGGCAUCACGCCCCCGGAGAUCUCCUUCUUGGCCGAGAUGGAGAUGGUCACCAUACUGCCGCGCCAGCGUCUUGAAGGCCUAGAAUUGCUUGGUGGCCCCGUCGAAGCUCUCGCUCCGCCUCGUCGCGCCUCCCUCCCUCUCUGGCUAGCGCUCCUCCUCAAACGCCAACGACGCGCCAACAUCCUCCCACCCUCCUGGCUGCACCCGGAAUCCCUCUCCUUCAUCCUCGACGUCGAAACCCAAUACGAAGAGUACAAAGAUACAUUCUCCCCACCCCUACCCCUACCAGGCCAGCCCCUCCUCCACGACCGCGGCGAGCCGGCCGUCGCCACCCCACGCUACACCCCGGACGGCGAGAAAUACUACCCGGCGCCGCCAUUCCUGCCGCAGAACGUCGCACGCGACCAUGUGCCGGCACAGGAGCUCCAAACGCUGCCCUUUCACUGGCUCGAGGUUGGGAACAUGCUCCUGGAGGCCGCCAGCGACGACCUGGUGGACCCCGACCAGACUCGCCGGCUGCUGAAGGAGCUGCGCGAGGUGCGCAUGGCCAAGAUCCGAUCCGGGGUGGACGCGCUGGACGCCGCCGCGAUGGGCGGGGGUGGAGUGGCCUUGACGGGUGUCGGGGCGAUCGAGCUCGGCGAGGGACGGAGGUUUAUCACGGGGGUGAUCGAUGGGCUCCGACGAAUCGGCGCGUCGAGAGAACAGGCUCGGCGGGAAGAGCUGGCGGAAGAGAUGGCCAAUGGUGGAUACGAUGCUACGCAGGACGAUGAAGAUGAAAUGGAGUUCUAGAAUCUUGCGAGGUGACCUGCCUAUUUUUGACAGAUCAUACUCCACAAGUCGGCGUUAUGGAAACAUACAGUACAUUGUUGUUGUCAUUUGCAAAAACCUUUGUGAAAC